AUGUCAGAUGUCGAACAGAUACCUGCAGAGAGAAUUGAACAGGAAAGGAAGCCACGGAAACAGGCGCUACAGAUCGGAAAGACGAAGCGGAGAAAAUCGGGUGUCAUCGGAGGCGGUAUGGCGAAAAAGACAGUCAAACCAAAGGUGCCAGCCUCCACGGUCGCCCGAAUCCUCUCGGCAUCGGCGAAGCUCCGGUUCCUAUUGACAUCAACGCUGAUCGCACUGAUGUCGAGCGCGCUUCACACGCUGAAGAAACUACCGAAGUUCCCCUCACUCUCUCGCAACUGUCCCCCAGUCUCAGCUGCUCCGGAUGCUUCUUCGCAUCAACGUAAACGGAGCAAGACCGAUCUCUCCAGCAGUCAGACAUCGUCCAUUAAUCAGCCUUUGGGCGAGAUCAAAGAGGACGCAGUCACCGACUCACAGCGCGAGGUUGAGGUACCUGCGCCUGAAUCUUCUAUAGCUUCUAGGUUACGUGCGCGAAAGCCUUCUGCGGAUCCGCAGGCGAAGGAGGCGCGUGUCAGGCCCGGAAACGCAAACUCACAGGCUCGAUCACCGGCAAGCACGGCGCAGCAUGGAGGCAGGAAGAACGGGGGCAGGAGGCAGCUGACGCACCCACCGGUCGCGCCUUCUCGCUCUAGAAGUGCGAGCAAAUCAGGGGACUUGCACAACUCGCAAAAGGAAAAUACGUCCGACGCGAGGGCACUGCGGCAGGAACAAGAUGGACACAUGCACCGCUCAGGACAUAUGCCUGGUCUCGACAAGUCGUCUGUGGCGCUUCCUCCCGCGAAACCGACGCGGCCGAUCGAGUUUCAUUUCCAUUCAGACGCGCGCAUAGAAGCGCGUAAGGCCGAACUGGAGAAGUCAGGCAGCAUGCAGACGCGAUCACGGUCACAUGCCCCCUUACCCAUCCCGGACUUCAAGGCCAUGCACGCUGCGCAAGAGUCAGCGCUAGCAGCCAGGAAAGAGCAGAUCAUGCCUGUUGUCCCGAUGGAGAUGGAACUCAAUACGGACGUGCGUGCCCGCGAGCGCGGGAAAUACGACGAGGCGCGACGAGAACGCGAGCUGGAGAUUGAACAGCAGAUGGAGGAACGGAGGCGCCAGCGGGAGUUGGAAGAGGAGAAGGAGAUCAGGGAACUCAGGAGACGCGCGGUGCCCAAGGCAAACGAGGUACCAGAAUGGUACGCCAACGCGCCAAAGCGGACAGGGAAGCCGAAGACCGGCAGAGUUCUUGGCUCGUAUGAAAUAUCCGACAAUAGUCUGCCUCGCGCUGGCCUCAUGCAUACCGUGAGCAGUCUGGAUAUCCGCUUCGAGCUGCUGUCACCGAUAGUGGGCAGAGCCUGUGGCGCGUCUGAUCGCCCACCCAAUGUCCGUGGGACAUGGCAGGGUCCACAACAUCCCAACACCGUCCCAUGGGCUGCCAGACGUGCCAGGACGAGGGGGCCCACGCACAGGCAGAUCAGGCCCGACGCCCAAGCCGCGAACCCCCGCCGCCGCAGGUCCGCUAUGAUCCCAUUUGCCCCCGAUACAGACUCAUAG